CUCUCCAGUAGUGAUUUUUCUGUUGUUUCCCUCGCUCUCCUUCAACUCUUUGCCCAUGCGUGGCUGUAUAAAAGACUGCGAAUUGUCUUUCACUGCACUCUGACACCAACAUGUCUCUCCUUCAACAAAUCAUCAUUGCUUCCCUGGCAGCCUUCGUGGCUGCUCAGUGCCCACCGAAUUUCUUCGAAUCCGAGGGCCUCUGCUUCAACGUCAUUGACAAGCCCGGGGAGGACCUGACGUGGGAGGAGUGCAGGGGUCUGUGUGAGAAGGAGGCAGAGGGGGAGUGGAAGGCCGACCUGGCUGUCUUUGACAAUGCUGAAGAACUGGAAGAAUUCUCCAUCACCUGGCUCGAGAUCUCCAAUACGCUGCCUGAACAUCCCUACAUGUGGAUGGGGGUGUACAAGAUGGACGAGAAAUGGGUCACCCUGGACGGCACUCAUAUCACCGAGCAGAACCUGAUGUGGCACAUGGGUUACCCUCACGAGACGGGCGCCCACGCCUUCCUGGAGGAUGUCACCAAGACCACCGGAGUGAACUCCUAUGGACGUCUGUACAUGAGCUCAACCGUAGUCGGCGAGCACGAGCACAACAGCCGCUGUCUCUGUGAGGCUACCAAAUGAAAUCGACCCAAAGACUAAACCGACAAAGCUCCUCCCUCUGAUUGGCCUGUUUCACUUCCUUGUUCUCUUAUUCUUCCCUGUCAUUCACCUCACAAGCAUUGCAUUCAGCCUAUGGAAUUUAUCAUUGUAUGAAACAAUAAAUAAAUGUAAAUUCUUUU